UUCAGGAAAAAUCUACAUUUUUAUUAUACUAUACAGGAUACUACUAAUAUAAUUCUGUAUUGUGUAAUUUUGGGAUGUUUAAAUAAUGUUAGAGGACAUUUUACUUUUUUUUUUUUCAUGACUGGAAAACUGCUCAGCUGUGUUCCAGGUUUUCCAGGACAUGUGGGAGCUCAGGUUAAGUGACUAUUCGCUAAUGCUGCAAGGACCAACACUCUCCAGGUUCUCCAAGCCGCUAGCUGAACAGCUAACUGAGCUAAUGGCAGCUGCAGUUAGCGGCAGUUAGCGAUUCCUCAACCGUGAUAUGCUGCUCCUUCUUAUUGUUGCACCUUUAAAAUAGGUUAAAUGUGUCUCCAGUUGAGUGGACGAGGUUUCGAAACAGCAUCGUGACAUCUGUGGGGAGUUUUUUGUUGCAGGUAAAAUAAAUCAAAUGCAGAACUUUCCCGUCUUCAAUAUUCUACAGAGGAGUGGAUCAAGGACGCUGGUGAGGUGAUCGCAGAUGAGCUGUGGGUGAAAGGACUAAAUAGGAUGAAAGCAUUAGCCGUUAGCUCUCGACUUCAGCUCAUUCAGUUUAAGGUCAUUCACCCGUUGCGCUCUCCAGGGACUAAACCGAAGAGUUUUCCCUUCUGUUUCUGCCACCUGUGGUGAGUGUGAGUCAGCUGACGUGACUCUUGGGCCUCUUUUUGUUCUGGUUCUGGCCCGAGCUGGUUCCUGACAGUCUCUUGGUGAUAUCGGGCCGCUCCGUCGACUCACUGACUCGUCCCUUUGCUUUACAAGAUGCCGUCAUGUUCGGUGACGUCACUGGAAAACGGGUCAUUUUAAGAGAGCGGAGGUCAGUUUCUCCUCCCUGCUUCAAAAAGCGUCUGAAUGACGUGGUUUCUUGACUCCCACGCCAGGUUUAAUAAGCGUUGUGGCACUUUUAUUAGGAGGGAGAGAUCACAAACCAGGAACUGAUCUGGACUUGGACUGUUUUGUACUGAUCCGGUCCUGCAGUCACACCCUGGGAUUGUUGUUGUCCCAGCUUGCAGUGGGCCUUGACCCCCUUUCAUUCUGGGAUAUCUGACCCUCAAUUCAUGAGUGGAAAAUCUGUCUCACCGGUCACAUGAAUUUGAGUACAUCUGUUGUGUUGUCUUGUUGUUCGUGUGGUUUAUCUGUCCAGUGUUUGUGCCUUUCUCUUGUCCCCACAGCAGGAUCCGACUCGUUACAUGUCAGGAAAGUAAGUAUGAGUAUAUGAAGAGAUGUUGCAGUUGUCCGACAGCCGCUGCUGUUUUAUUUCAUGUAGUUAAUUUUACUGCAUUUCUGUUUUUUAUCUCCCGCUGCCUCACAUGUUGUCGGCUGUGGAUCCUCACAUCAUCGCUCUCCUUCUGUUAUCUGUAUUUGUUCACUUUGACGCCUCUUCACUUCUUUUUUUUUUUUUUUUUUUUACUGCCAAUUAUCUUGUGUGUCCUCGUCCAGGUCAGCGCGGUGGAGAGGAGGUCGUGUCACCGCUCGUCGAUGCCUCGUCCUGCUCACACACUUCACAUAUAUUAUAUAACUUGUAUCAGUUUGCAGUUUGUAAACUGUGAUUUUGUUGUUCUGUCCUGUAAAAGCGACAUAUUCUACUACUGCGGAUGUUUUUUCCCUCUGGUUAAAAUGUUUUUUCUGUCUCAGCCGGGCAGGUUUUUUCCUCAGGACAGACUGUUGAGCCUGCUGAGGCGACGUGAUUGUGAUUUUAAGGCUUCACAAAUAAAAUUACUUGAUUUGGAUUCCUGUGUCCGAGACAAGAUUACCUCACGCCGACAACAAACUACAAUUGUAUUGUAUUUUACCAAAGUAAUAUUUAAACACGACAUCUGUACUUUUAUCACUGUGGAAUACUUUUUUAACAUCACUCCUUAGAAAUCAGUAUCAGUAUCGGCCCAGUGUGAGUCUCUAAUCUCUUAUCUGGACCCCCUGAACUCAGCAUUUUAAAAUUUAAAAGUUAAAUUUGAAAUCUUGUUGAAUGAUCAUCAGUCUGAGCACAUUUGAGUUGUGACUAAUAUGAAUAAUUUCUUAUUAAUGUAGAGUUUUAUGAUGUUUACACUCAUGGGUUCACAACCUUUUUUCUACUUCCGGUACAGGCACCAGUCUCCGCGUGCGUGCAACGCGCCGCUGAAAGCUUAUUAUCCAAUUAGCGGCGUUAGAGAAGAGGGUCGCCCUCCGCACGGCAAUUUCCUAAUUACAGAGGAACACGUGAACUGUCGCUCCUGCUUAGACUCGUGUUUAACGGGAGGCCUUCGUGUCUUGGCAGAAAAAAAGACAGCUCGGUUGUGUGUAAAAAAAAUGUUUAAAAAUAAUCUGUGUGUGGAGAAAAAAUACUAAAAAAUAAAAAGAGAGAGAGAGGGAGAGAGAGAGAGAGAAAGAGAGAGAGGGAGAAUAUGCACGCCUUAGUGAACGCCUUCAUGCGCUGCCUCUCCUUCCUCCUGCCUCCCUCUUGGCUUUGUGUCAGCUUCUGCUUGUGGGUUGGGAACGAGUGUGAGGACACACUGCCUCCGCGGCCCAAUCCCAGAGCUCGUUUCAAAAGCAGAAAGCCUCUUACAUAUGAGGAAGUAGCAGCAGCAGCAGCAGCAGCAGAAGCCGAAGGAGGCUCCAGCCCGUCGGUCUCGUCAGGUCCAGGCUGCGUCUCGCCGGCUGCUACAAGCCCCGCUGCUCCUCAGGGCCCUCCGUCGGGUCGGAUCUGGAUCGGGGGUCUCUGGCGAGCCGUGGAGCGCGUCUUCGGAGCCCCCUGGGUCCUUCUCCGCCAUCACUGGUGCCCUGAGAAACGUCGAGCAGCUUUACGCACCCCGUAUCCUGUCUGCGCCUUCGAGCCGAGCGAGAUUAAAAGCUUCCAGGGAGGCGCUGCUGCUGCUGCUACUACGAGCGCCGAGGCGGGGAAGAAGAGAGCGGGCGGACGCACCUUGACUCAUCCGAGCAACAUGAGCGGGUCCGUGGGGAUCCCCGAGCCGAACCCGGCGCUGUGCGCCUCGGGUGCGUCAGCGGAGCUCGGCGUCGAUGAGGUAAUCACCGUGGAUCAGCACACGCAGGAGAUGGGGACGGUGACGAUAACGGUGGCCAUUCAAGCGGCGGAGGACGAGGAGCCCGGGGAAGUGUCCUCUAAUCAUAUUGACUUUCUCGGAGGCAGCUGCAGCGAGGACGAGCUCGGAAGACACGACAAAUCCAGCGGCGCCGGGACCAGCGGCGGGGAGCUGGAGGAGGAGAGCUGGCAGCCGCCGGAUCCGGAGCUCGUCCAGAAGCUGGUCGCCCAGAUCGAGUACUACCUGUCCGAUGAAAACCUGGAGCACGACGCCUUCCUGCUCAAACACGUCAGACGCAAUAAACUCGGGUUUGUCAGCGUCAAGCUGCUCACGUCCUUCAAGAAGGUGAAACACUUGACUCGUGACUGGAGGACCACCGCCCAUGCUCUGAGACACUCGAAGAUACUCGAGCUGAACGAUGAGGGUCGGAAGGUGCGGCGUAAAUCUGCAGUGCCGGUCUUUGCCAGUGAGUCGCUGCCGAGCCGCAUGCUGCUGCUGAGUGAUUUGCAGAGGUGGCCGGAGCUGGCUGCUCUCACCAAGGAUAACGGAGGCAGUGAGGGAGGAGCCACGCAGCAGGAGCAGCUGAUGAAGCUGUUGCUGAAAGCGUUCGGGACGUACGGCGCCAUUGCCUCCGUCAGAGUCCUGAAGCCCGGGAAGGACCUGCCGGCUGACCUGAAGAGGCUGAGCGGCCGCUACGCUCAGCUGGGCACUGAGGAAUGUGCUAUCGUGGAGUUCGAGGAAGUGGAGGCUGCUGUUAAAGCCAACGAAGCUGUGGGGAGCGAGGACGGAGGGCCCAGUUCACUGGGGUUGAAGGUAGUCCUGAUCGGCACCAAGCCGCCCAAGAAGAAGGUACCCAAAGAGCGACCGCGUGAGGAGGGAGGGAUGCGCAAGAGCCGCUCGCUCAACAGCAGAGUACGAGAGCUUCAGUACCACGGGGACGACUCGGCCUGCAGCUCCUCAGACACCGAAAGUACCCCAACAUCGCCUAGACUGGCAAGAAAGUCCCAGUCCUGCAAUAAGCUCAGCCCCACCACUGCAGGCAUCAGCUUCCAGAACAAUCACCUGAGUCCUGGUAUGUCCCCGCGGAACAGUCCCUGGUCGAGCCCCCGUGCCAGCCCCUGUCCUCAGCGCAAAUCUCCUCACUCCCACAAGUCUCCCUUAGCCAGCGAGGGCAGACUGAGCCCGGAGCCCGGGCGCCGCUGGGCAGACUACUCCUCGGACAGUAGCCUCACCCCUUCAGGGAGCCCGUGGGUCCAGCGGCGCAAACAGGUGGCGUCUCAGGAGAGCAGUCCGGUCGGCAGCCCGAUGCUGGGUAGAAAGAUCCAGAACGCGGACGGCCUGCCGCCGGGCGUAAUGCGGCUGCCGCGGGGGCCCGACGGAACCCGGGGCUUUCACUGUGUCACUGUUGGCGAGCGAGGAAAGACUGCUGCCACCCAGACUUGAUACGAGCAGCGUCAUUAUGCAUUCCUUCUCCCCAACCCCAGACGUGAAAUGAUGGAUUGGAUCUGAGCUGUUGUUGGCCGUGUCGUUCAGCCGCCCACCCCCCGACCCGACCCCGCGUUUGAGACUGUGUAGAUAUAUUUUUGUUGAGUGCAUCAGUUUUCAGCCCGUUUUUUGUUUAUACUUUUAUACGAUGUUUGAGUUAUCAUGGUAACAUUAGUGAUUUUACUAAUGGGAAAUUUGAGUGAAUGUAAAGUUUAUAUUUGCUUUUGAAAUGGACCACGUCACCGUCAUUCGUCGACGCUUGUUCUGCACGGGGCGGGUCGGAGAGGGCGUUCCACCUUCCUGGUGUUUUUUUUUUUUGUUGUUUUGUUUUGUUUUAAGUCAAGUGUCCUCUGUCUCGUGUGUAGAAGCUCACAACAUUUGUCUGUGGAUGGUGUGUAAAUGUGUAAGUGGUGUAGGCACAUGGACCUGAUAGAGAUAUCACCAUAUGCCUUUUUUUUCUGUAUUUGUCUACUGUGAGUACCAUUUUUACAUCUUUGAACUGAGGCCAUAAAUUUGCUCCACUGCCAUAAAGCUCGGACAGUUAAACUUGGACAUGAUAUAUAUUUUUUAGUUUUUAUUUUUCAUUUUUUAAUUUCAGUAUUUUCUGUAUACUUUUGGGAGGAGGUUCCCCUGUAAAUGUUGAGUUGUUCAGCAGGUAGCUGCAUUAUUUAUUUUUUAGCUUUUUUAUUUUAUUUUUUUUAUUUUUAUUUUUUUUUUCUUGGCAUAUCUGUUUCCAUCAGUCUAAGUGAGGUUUGAGGGAUCAGGUCAGGCAGAGUGUGUGAGCUGGGGUAUUUGUACAGUGCGACGCCUAUUGUACAAAUAAAUCACUAAAAUUGCA